AUGGUCCGACGAUCACGUCUUCCCAGGCCGGAGGACUUCGAUGUCUCGCCAGUGAACGGCUUCCUCUCAGCCGAACCACCUCUCCAAUCGCUUUCCAACCCAUACUACGAGCCAUGGGAACAUAUUGUGAAGAACCUGCAAGGCUUGAUUCUGAGCAAGAGACUGCAUGAAGUGGUGGACAGGCUGCCCAUACUGAGCACAGACAGGCUCUCGGACCUCGCAGAGUGGCGAAGAGCAUACAGUGUGCUAGCGUUUAUCGCACAUGCAUACAUAUGGGGUGGCGAGAGGCCCAUGGAGUGGGUGCCACCUCCGCUGACCAUACCGUUCACGGCCACUUGUAAGCACCUUGAGCUCCCACAAGUCGCCACAUAUGCCGGACUCGUGCUGUGGAACUGGAAACCACUGUUUGAGGACGAACGAAUAGACACACUGGCCAAUCUCGACAUGAUAGACACCUUCACUGGGUCACUGGACGAGAAGUGGUUCUACCUGGUCAGCGUAGCUAUUGAAGCGAGAGGAGCACCACUCAUUCCACUCAUGCUCCGUGCGAUCGAAGCCGCGAAUGAUGGUGAUCGACCAACACUCACCGAGUGCCUCCGUACAUUCGCUGAGCGAUUGGACGAGCUUGGAGGAUUACUCCAACGCAUGUACGACAACUGCGAUCCACACGUCUUCUACCACCGACUACGACCAUUUCUCGCAGGAAGCAAGAAUAUGGCCGAUGCCGGUCUACCCAACGGAGUCAUCUUCGACAACGGUGGCCCGAUGAACAAACAACGCUACGUCCAAUACAGCGGCGGUAGCAACGCCCAAUCCAGCUUGAUACAAUUCUUCGACGUGGCACUGAGUGUGGAACAUAGACCGACAGGAAGCAAGCACUCAGAUACCUACUUCGACCAUGGCAAGAAGAAGCCUUCGGCGCCAGAACCGAGCUUCAUACAUGAGAUGCGGAAAUAUAUGCCUGGACCGCACGCACGCUUCCUGGCAGAAGUUGAGAAGGUAGCCAAUAUCCGACAAUUCGCGCAAGAUAACCGACAUGACAGAUCGUUAGCCGUCUCCUUCGAUGCUUGUCUAGCUAUGCUCUCCGCCUUUCGCGAUAAGCAUAUCCAGAUGGUAAGCCGCUACAUCAUUAUCAAAUCUCAGGAAGCCAAGCGGAAGAAGGAGCAAGAAGCGAAAGAUAAAAAGCCGAGCAAGCCACCAACUGAGGCGGAGCUCCCAGUUCGACCCAAGAGCGCGGCAGGCCGACCCGGCGAGGAGAAACCUCGUAAAGAUCUCAGAGGUACAGGCGGCACGGCAUUGAUACCUUUCUUGCGGCAAGCUCGAGACGAGACGGGCGAGCCGGCUGUAGAUGCUUGGGCGAGACGGGUAUUGAAUAAAGGCAGUCACAAAGGUGAGAGGAGGAAUUCGAGGAUCGAGGUUCAGGGUCUUGCGUCAGUUUGGCAUGUGGAUGAUAGUGAUGGUGGAUUGUGUUUGUACUAG